AUGGAUCGACACUUUACGUGGGACACCGCAGGGCGACUCGUGGUGUCAGUUAAACGCGUUGACGAUCUCGUUGACGACGAAGGUACUUUGUUGGCCGAGAGGAUAUCCGCCGUCAUAUUCAAUUUUGAGUUGAUGGAUGAUCACCUUUUACUGGAUUCCAUACCAGUGAAAUUGGGUGUAAAGAACAUUCAGGUCAUAAAAGCUAGAGUCGUUCCCGCAGGUAUUAGACAAGAAGACAUUAAUAAAUAUGAUGAAAAUUUUGACAUUGGUCUUGUCAAGGUGGAAGUAAACGCUGACGUCAACCGAAUGAGCCUUCUUCACAAAAUUGUUGUCAUCAUCAAGGUCAUCGAAAUUGAUGGUGUCAGAAUUUCGUCAGCUAACAUGGUCGAAAAUACUUGGGAAUUCGAGUUAUCGAAUGAGGAUCACAACUCCAAGAUUUCAACUAUCCAGUCUGCGGAUGAUGACCGACCAUGCUCUUCUUCCCUUGGUUCAAUCUCAAGAAGGCUUCACCGUUGGUGGCGAUGUUCUUCAAAAUACACGCGAAUCUUCAUCUCUUCCCUUUUCGUCACUAUCAUGUUUGCUGUACUCCACUCCUUGAUUUCAUUCACCAUAAAAGCCGUGAUACGGUUUGUAUCACCUUCGAAUAAAUUCCAUAAAUACAGGAAAGUUCUUCAGGAAGAGAGUGGAGAUUACAAAUACAAAAGCAAGUACGGUGAAGUAACACAAGUUAUAUUUGUGGCUGAUGAAUAUAAAUUCGAUCCGUGA